AUUAAAUGAACAAACAAAAGGGCCAUAAAACAGAUUUCAAGUCCGCCUUAUUCUCUCUCCUCUCUCAAACACACACUCUGUCUCUCGCAAUCGAAACCAAACCUCUUCACACAAAAUUCACUCUUUAAACCUUAAUUUUAUCCUAAUUUGCAUUCCAAAUCUAUGCUUAAUUCCUCGAAAUCCCAAUCUUUGCUCAAAUUUCAAGCAGAAUUCGAAAGUUUGAAACAGAAAUUUUCUCCAUAAUUGAACGAAUUUGUUUAUCAAAAUUUGACUUUUUUCCCAGCUUAUUUGAUUCAAUUUUUCUUGGGAUUCGAAGAAUUUUGGGCGAAAGUUUUGUUCUUUUUCAUCGUUGGAGCUGCUCGGAGUUAGUUUUUGGAAAGAGUUUCGUUGAAUUUUAUUGCUCCCGAAGCUGAUUGGAAGUGUAUUUUGGGUGAAAUUUGAAGAAUGUUCGGUGAAAUAAUUGGAUUUCGAUCCUCAGAGUAGGAGGGCUUUGGACGGGCAAGGUAUUUGUACCUCGUCUUUCUCAACAACUUGGCAGCUAGCUUCUGGUGUUUGUCUUGGUUCAAAGUGUCUUCAUAGAGUUUAGUGAAGAUUAAAUUUCAGGAACCUGUCAUGGAAUAUGGGCUUUCUGAUAGCAGUGGAACAGAUGAUGACCUCCCUCCACAUCAGAAUAGGUUUCAACGAGGGGGUCGUGCUGCUGCGGGCAAUGGAAGAUCAGCAGUUGUAGGUUCUGCUCCUUUGCCUAGGAUGCAUGGCGACAUGGAAACUCAAAUCCAUCUCAUUGAGCAGGAAGCAUACAGUGCAGUCUUGCGGGCCUUCAAAGCUCAAUCAGAUGCUUUAACUUGGGAGAAGGAAAGUUUAAUUACUGAACUCAGAAAGGAGUUGAGAGUAUCAGAUGAGGAACAUCGGGAGCUUCUAUUGAGGGUUAAUGCUGAUGACAUCAUUCGGAGGAUAAGGGAAUGGAGAACGGCAAAUGGGAUCCAGCCUGGAAUGCUCAGUACCAGUCAGCCUGUUCAGGACCCUGUACCUAGUCCUACAGUAUCAGCAUCACGCAAGAAGCAAAAACCGUCACAUUCUGUAGCUUCAUUAUCUAUGGGUGCACCGUCUCCUGCAUUGCAUCCAUCUAUGCAACCAUCUUCAUCGGCCCUGAGACGAGGUCCUUCUGCAGCAAAGAGCAAGAAGUCAAAAUCAUCGAUGCAGUACCCUUCUGCAGGUCUUCCUGGCAGACCACAAGCUCCUAAUCAUACAUCUUCAGGGGCCUUUGUGACAAAUGAGCCUGCUGAAGCAGCAUCACAUGUUCCAUUAAUUGGAAGGAAAGUUUGGACAAGGUGGCCUGAAGACAACCAUUUCUAUGAGGCCGUUAUAACAGACUAUAACCCAGUUGAGGGGCGGCAUGCUUUGGUUUAUGACAUUAAUACAGCAGAUGAAACCUGGGAAUGGGUCAAUCUCAAAGAGAUAUCUCCUAAAGAUAUUAGAUGGGAAGGUGAUAAUCCUGGAAUAUCCCGUAGAAGUGGUCGCCCUGGACCAGGCCGUGGGAUUAAGAAGUCCAUGGCUCGUGGUGGCGGGGUUGCCGUAGCAGGAAGAGGUAGAGGCAGCUUAAAGGGUCAGUCCAAAAAAGAUUUCCCUCUGGCACAAAAUGGUGUUGGUAAAAAGGUUUUGGGUGAUAUUGAGAUACUUCAUACAGAUACUCUAAUUAAGGAGGUGGAAAAAGUUUUUAGUGCAAGCCAUUCUGAUCCCAUAGAGAUUGAGAAAGCAAAGAAAGUGUUGAAAGAGCAUGAACAAGCCCUGCUUGAUGCAAUUGCAAGGCUUGAAGAUGCAUCUGACGGUGAAAGUGCAGAUGGAGAGCAUCCAUUAUCGCAAGGACAAUCAAUGGAUCAAGAAAGAGCAUGGAGAAAACGGCAGUAUAAUGAAAUGGGUGAAGGUAGAAUGACUGAAGGAUCUGAUGGCAAUAAAACGACGAGAGAUGCACAACAAGAUGUGGGUAAUGACAUGCGAUUUUAGCCACCUUUGUAUAUCCAGUAGCAGUAGUA